ACGAAGAAGGAACUGAAAAGCAAGACAAACGGUGGGCUCAAAGGCGCAUCCGCGGAUUGGGAGAUAAAUCGUGUUCAUUCCAUUAGCGACGCAAGGAACAUUCUGUAUUCUGUUCAUGAAGUACAAAGAAUACGAAUACAGUAGCCGAGAAAUCGAGGAAAGUAGCAGUUUCUUACUUGAUUCCAACAGCAAAGAAUUUUGAGCGACUACAUAACCAUGCAUUUGGAAGACGAAAAAAAAUAAGAAAGCGAGAAUCAAUCGGACAAAUUUGAACCCUAGCAAUGGCCGGACUUGUUGACAGUGUUGCCGGAAAUCUUCUCGGAAGGAUAAUUGAAGCCGCCAGACGACCAGAGUUACGUCAUAUCCGUAGCGAACUAGGAAACCUCGAAACGACUGUGUCGAAUCUCAAGCCCGGACUCAGAGACGCCGAGGAGAAGCAGGCAAGCGAUAGGAAACUCUAUGAACUGCUUAAAAACCUCGGGAACGUAUUUUCAAAGGCCGACGAUCUCCUUGAGAAAUUGGAAUGCGAAUAUUUGAAGUGGAGAGUACAGAAUCGAAAGAACGACGUGGACGAAAAGGAAUGCCAGUUUUCUUCUCUUUUCUCGUCCGAUUUCUCCGUUUCUGCAUAUAAAUCUGCCAUCAAGAACAUCACAAAGGUGUUAUGUACGAUUGAGGAAACAAUGUCUGAAAUCCUUCUGAUUGAAGAUGAAAAUGAACACAUCAAACUUUUCAAGAGUGAAAUGACUCUGCGGACCUCCAUUACUGGUUCGCAAGCUUUCUCUAGGCUUCUGCAUUUGAAGAAAGAGGCGAUUCUCUCUGAUAAUGUCGACUCCAUUAUUGGUAGAGAUGAAGCAAAAAAGAGUAUCAUUGAUGAACUACUGAAGGAUGAAGACGAUAAACAAAAAUCUCGGCGUAUUCUCUCAAUUCAUGGAGAUGGAGGGAUGGGAAAGACGACUCUGGCCAGGUUAGUCUACAAUGACCACAAAGUGUUUGAUCAUUUUGACAAGAGAAUGUGGGUAUGUGUUUCUGAAGAUUAUGAUGUUCAGAGAAUCAGAAGGGAGAUUCUCAGUUCAGCAACUGGCGAAAAGGUUAACGAUGUCCUAACCGAGAAGCGUGUACAAAUCCGGCUCAAUGGGAACUUUGUCGGCAGAAAAUUGUUGCUUGUUUUGGAUGAUUUUGGGGCUUUGGAUCCCGGUAGAGUAUCAGAAGUGGAAAAAUUAGUGGAGAUGGGUGCUAAUGGCACCAAGAUCAUGAUCACCACUCGCAGUGAGCAAACUCUACAGGAUGCUGCAACACACAAGGUUCAAAAACUGGACGAGGAGCAAUCCAUGGCUUUAUUGAAACAGACAUUUGGAAUCAAAAAAUUUGAAAUUAUGACCGAAUUUCAAAGUGAACUCGAAGAACUUGUCUCAAAAUGUGGAGGAGUUCCUUUGGCAAUCAAAUCCUUGGCCGGAUUGCUUUCUUCGGAAGCGAGUUAUGGUGUCGAGUUGUUGAAUCUCCAGGCCUUGAUUGAGAAAUGGAAACAGGAGGAGGUGAAGGGAGGUGGUUACGUUUUCCAUGCACUGAAACUGAGUUAUUAUCUAUUGCCAUCUUACUUAAAGCCUUGUUUUCUUUGCUUUUCGUUGUUGCCAAAAGAUUAUGUGUUCUUCUCAUUUGAGCUAAUCCAGUUGUGGAUGGCACAAGGACUCCUCCAUUCAGGUAGCAAAGAUCCUGAGGCUGUUGGGGAGCAAUACUUCAAUGAAUUGCGGUCUCGCAGUUUACUCGAAGACGUCGAGGAGCACACUCUUGGAUAUUGGUUCAAACUCCAUAGCCUCGUUCAUGAGCUUGCAGUCCAACAGGCUAUUAUGGAACAACAUCAGAACCUGGAAAUUUUGCAUCAGCUGUCAUUUGUCGACUGCAACAACAAGGAUUUGCCUCAGCCGUCAAAUGAUAAAGUUCAUUUUCUUUCCGUUCCAGAGGGAGGAGGUGCGGAGCCAAAGAUCAAUGGAGUCCUUUUUGUCAAAUGCAUCACCGAGUUCAGGCAGCUAAGGGUCUUGUACUUAUGCAACUCUUCCUUGGAAGAAAUUCCAACCUCCAUCGACACGCUGAAAUGUUUAAGGUACUUAGAUUUGCGAGGGAGCCGACGACUCAAGAGAUUGCCGGAGUCUAUUUGCAAGCUACAGAUCCUGCAGACCCUGAUCCUUGCAUUCUGCUCAGAGUUUGAAGAGCUUCCCAGAAACAUAAAGAACAUGAUCAACCUCAGAUUCUUAUGGAUACAGACAAAGCAAGUCCGCUUGGGAAAAGACGGCGUAGGAAGCUUAACAUCGCUUCGUUUUCUCGCGAUCGGAGGGAGCGAAAACUUGACUUGCUUGUUUGAAGAUAAUGACCAGCUCAAUUCCCUUCAAACACUGAUCAUUUAUGAUUGCAAAUCCCUGCUAACAUUUCCAAAAGGCCUGGAAAGCUCGAGUACGUUAUGUAAUAUGGCCAUAUGGGGUUGUGAGCGGCUGUUAUUGACAGACUCUCUGGAAUCCCUCCGUCUUAAGAAACUGAUACUCAGAGGCCUUCCAUUUUUUGCCACCUUGCCAAACUGGAUACAAAGUUCUGAUGAAGAUUUAGAAGUGCUAGAAGUGGGAGAGCUUCCCAGGCUAAUAGCAUUACCUCUCUGGCUCAAAUAUUUAUGGGAACUUCGAAUUCUUGGGAUCUCCAACUGUCCUAGGUGUGUUGGUCCUCCGUUUCCUUCUUUAAGUGAUUGUAUAAAGAUGGAAGAACUGAGAAUCACGUCGUGUCGGCGGCUUUCCGACAUUGUUAAUCCAAACAGUGAUAAAAGUUGGGUUAUCUCUCACAUCCCUUCCAUUUAUGUUGACACCAAAAAAUUCAAGCCAGAAGUAGCAGCAACAGGCCAUGCGGGGCAGCCGGUGGCGCCGAAGAUUUUAUAGUUUCAUUUUCGUUUCCUGUUCGUUUUACCAAUUUGACCAUCACUUGAUUCACAGGAUUUGUUUUUGAGUUGUAGCCUUGGUUUGGAUCUAUCACCUCUGUGUGGCCAAGAACAGUGUUUGAAGCCUGACUUGGUGUGCAGUUACGACCCAUCUUUCCAUGUUCAUUUCUUGUUCCAUUUCUGGUGUUAGAGGUUGUCUAACGGGGGCAAAAUUCGUAUGAAUUCUCUAAUAUAUAUGUAAGAUCUCGUAUCGGUCA